AUACUCCCGCUCCCCUCAUGUGUAAGGACAACAACAAGGUCGUGAUUGAGUUACAAAGCACAAUAGGAGAGAAAAAGUCAAGCUUUGUCUGAUUGUUCUUUGACAGGGUCAGAGGCUGCUCUCUCCUGAGACAGCAGGGCUGUCACUGGGCAGGGAGUGACAGCAAGGUGACUGAGGGGAGGCUCUAUAAAUUGGCGGCGCCGAGCAAACCUCUCCAAAGACGCGGAGAAUCCCGUGCGCAAUUCCACUGCACUGCACGAGCGCGGGCUGUCACUGACGAUGACCGCAAAAGCAGAGCUUCCGGGCUGGCCAGAGUACCCCGAGGACUUCUCCCUGCUACAACAGAAAAAUCUGGCCCACCUCAGCUCCAAAACGUGGAUUUCCUCCAAUUCGGUCUGUGGCUUUUCGCGAAGGGAAGCGCACGAAUCUGCAGAGGCUGCUGGGAUUUCACUGGAGAAACUCGGGUCAGUGGGUAGACUCCACGAGUGCGCGUCCGCAGAGAUAGGCCACGCAAGGGCAUCCGAUGGAGACAAGGGGAGCGGCUUGGGGCCUCAGAGACACCGGCGCGUCGCAGCCAACGCCAGGGAGCGCAGGCGGAUGCACGGUCUGAACAAAGCCUUUGACGAGCUGCGGAGCGUCAUCCCAUCGCUGGAAAACGAGAAAAAGUUAUCCAAGUACGACACCCUACAGAUGGCGCAGAUUUACAUCACUGAGCUGUCCGAGCUGCUGGCCGGCGUGGUUCAGCAGGAGUCCAGAGGCCCUCGCUCAGGGUCAGAGAAGACCUCCAGGAGGAACUUGAUUCACUCGAUCCGGCCAGACGCGGCUGCGCAGCCAGCCAUGCUGCUGACUGGAGAGGAACAGCAACAGCAGCAGAGAGAGCAAUCCAUCAACCACCUGAUCAUACUCGGACCUUCAUCCGUGAUAGAAUCCAACACGUCAGACGCGUCCUCCGGCAGCAGUGAUGGCGAAUCCUCGAAUCUCAGCGACACGGAGGACAGUCAGACGGGGAGACAGUGACAGAGAAGCAGUUUAUUUCUAACUUGGUUCCCAGAUGUUCACAUGGCAGGGAGGCAGAGCUGCUGUUUACUCCUCCGCCGUCUCUAAUAGAUUAGAUGUUGCACUGCUGGAUCUCAAAAGGGAAGAAAACUCAUUCGUUUCUCAGAGAUCCUGACUUGGUUUCCUCUUGAUGAACUAAAAGAGGCCCUCAUCUGCACUUUAAGGUCCUGAACAAUAACUUGUGGCAUUUUCCAGAGUCAGCUGUUGGAUCCUAGCUUUUAUUUCCAAAUAAAACAAGUAUUUUUCUAUUUAAGAAUAGCCAAUCUGUAUUUUAUGAGGGAUGUUUUGUUUUUACUACAAUAAAGAUAUAAUUAAUUAAUGGGUUUGC